AUGGCAGAGCGAAAAAGAAAAGAGCCAAAUGCAGUGACAGCGUCGUUCGCGAAGGAGGCGUUGCUACCAGAAAUUAAAACAAGAACUCAAGCAGAAGCAGAUGCAGAAAGUACUCAAGCAGAAGCAAAAAGUAGAAGACGAAGCAGAAGAUGCAGAAGCAGAGCAGACCCAGAAGAUGCAGAAGCAAACCCAGAAGAUGUAGAAGCAGAAGAAGCAGAAACAGAGAUUGAAGCAAGAAGUAGAGACGGCGAGGAGCAGCGGCGAGGUGGCGUGAAGCAGUGGCGAGAACGUGUCAGUGAGGAGCAGCGGAGCGGAAGCCGAGGCUCUCUCCCUGGCAGAACCACCGUACCGGAGCAGCGGAGUGGUCGAAUCGGCGGCGACGGCUCAGCGGCGUAG